GUAUUAUUUUUUCAUAAAUUUAUUGAAUAUUAUGGUGUUAACAGCACAAAGUUUUUUGUGUGUAAAUAUUUAUAUUUGUGUUGUUUAAUAUCCAAAAGUAAUUUGUGUGAUUGUGCUCCUAAACUGUCAAAUUGAUAUUUUCAAUUUUUCAUAUUGUUAUAAAAUAAAACAAGUCUUAAAGUCCAAUUAACAAUUGAAACAAAAUUUUUAUUUUAUUUUCUUUGUGAUUAGUCUGGCUAUUUUUUAAAUUUGGUAUCUAAAAAAUCAACUGGACUUUUUACAAAAGCUUCUCCAAAAAGUAGUCAACCUGAUGAAUUAAUUAAACAAUAAUUAAGUACAAAAAAAUUCAAAACUGUACAGUGUUAUUUCAAGAAUCUACAAAAAUUUUAGUUGGUUUUUUUUUUUUUAAAUUGCACUAAAUACCUUUUUAUUUAUUUAUCAAAAAAAAAUAUAAAUAAAAAAAUAUAAAAUAACAAUUACCAACCCAUGCGUAUUUUUUUAACACUUGUCCACGCAUGCGUUGACAUAUUCUAUUUUGAAAACGGAGAAAAAAAAAAACGGCUGAUGUUGUGUAGUGGUCGGAGUCAAGCGUUGUAACCAUAUUUGCAUGACAGUCAACGUACAUAAAAAUAAAAAAAACACAAUUCAUAUUCAUUGCACAGUUAAAUUAAUAUCUCACAAAAAAUGGGUGUUAUAUUUUCCAGAUUUAGAUAUUAUAAUUACUAAAAAAAUGGUGAGUUGGUACUACAAGCGAAAGAUUUCUAAAAAUCAUGAUAAACUAAUAACAAUGGAACAAGAAAAAAAAAAAAUAUUAGAAGAAGUUACAGAGAAAGAAACUUACAAAAAAGCCAAGGAAAUAUUGUUAAAAUUUGCUCCAGAUCAACUUCGAAUGACACCGCUGACACCACAGCCUGUUGGAAAAAUUACAAGUCCAACAGAUACACCAAAACGUCCAGUUGAUACACCACGUGCUUCAAUAACAUCACCAAUUGGAUCAGUUGUACCACAAAGUGGACGAGGUGUUGGACAAAAUGCACUGUCACCAAUGUCAGCUGGUGGAAAUGAAUUACGAAGACGAGCAUUUAAUUUUGCAAGUCCAGGAGGAGUAACACCAUCAAUUGGUACGCCAAAAUUUGGUGCUCGUCCUCUUGCUAUUGGAUUUACAUCCCAAUACAAUACUCCAGCUGGACCAAUGUCCAAUAUUAAAUCACCUGUUGCUUCGUUAAUGAGCCCUCGCUCACCUUUACCGCGUCCAAUUCUUUCUCAGCAGAGAAGUUAUUUGGAUCGUUUGGUUGAAUAUCUUGUUGGUGAUGGACCAUCAAAUAGAUAUGCUUUAAUUUGUCAACAGUGUGAUUCACACAAUGGCAUGGCAUUAAAAGAAGAAUUUGAAUUUUUUGGUUUUCGUUGUUGUUAUUGUAAUUAUUGGAAUGCAGCAAGAAAACAAAAACCAUCAGCACCAAAAUUAGAUAAUGAUGUUACAUCACCAAUUGCAUUUGCAUUGAAUUCUAAAAAAUUAACUGAAUCAUCAAAUUCAUCUGGUUCUGAUUCUGAUAUCGAGGUUGUUGAGAAACCUGAUACAUCAGACAAUGAUACUCCAGAAGAGCAUAUACCAGAAAAUAAAACAACUGAAUCUGAACAAGAAGUUGAAAAUUUAUCAGAUGAUAAAAUAUUAACAACUACUCAAGUAGCCACUGAAUCUGCUCACAAUGAAGAAAUGGAAAUUGAUGAAUCCCCUAGAAAAUAAUUUUCAUGGUACGUAUGACAAAGGAAAAAGCAAUAAUGAAAAUUUAAAAAGCCACAAAUCAAAAUUUACAAAAGAAAAAAAGAAAAAUACCAAUUGUGGCUUAUAAUAUUUGCAUACUGUUUUCAUAAAAAAACACCACUCAUUCCAAUGAAGUUUAAAGAAAAUCAUAUAUAUUUAUGUAUUUAACAGCUGAUUAAUUCAGUUAUUAUUUUUAUUUUUAACUAACAUCACAACUCAAUGGUAGCAUAAGAUAUCCAAGUGAUAAGAAAAAAUAAAAAUAUCACAGGUUUUUUAGUCAAUCAAAAAGAAAAUUAAAAAGAAAAUAAUGAUAAUAAAUACAGUUUAUAUUUUUGAGACACAAAGUUACUACCCCUUUUUUCUAGAAACUGUGAUUUUAAAAAAAUGAAAUAUCUAUUUUUAAAACGUCGUGGAAGAAGUGUGUCCUUAGAUGUUUUUUUCAUAUUGUAAUUGUUAAUGUAAUGUGUGUAGUUAUUACUGUUAAAUUAUUUAAAAUCAUUUUUAAUAAAAA